UAUGGCACUUGGACAAACAGUGCUGUAUUGAAGUAUUUGUGGUAUUCUGAUAUAAUCGAGAUGGUGCAAUGAUAUGUGUUUACGGUUUUAUGCACCUUUAUCUGCACAAGAGGAGAUGAAUGAUGGAUAUUGUUGGUAAACAGCUGGGGCAUUGGGAUUUGGCUGUAGAUGGCGCCACGCAGGCGGAGUAACAAGAAGAAGGAGUGUGCUGGCUUGUAACACUGCUGAUAUGUGUGUGUGUGAGGGAGUGUGUGAGUGUUUGUGUGCGCAUCAGGCUUGGAGUGGUGGGACACGCUGUGCUCAGCAUUAGGGAUCACUGCGACAGGACAGGAAGGCUGUCUUUUCCUCCCAAAAUAUCCACGUGUUGGAGACGUCGGUGCACGUUUUUUUGUGCACAAACCUGGAUACAGAAGAAGACCAUUUCGUGAAUGUUAUGCAUUCCGGACAGGAUCAUUGCUGAUUGUUAAAGGAAGCACUUGAGGAUCAUCACCAUGGCUGAAGAGGAGCUUAUGUUUAGGAUGGAGGAGGUGGACAGUGUGAAAAGACCACCUGUCAAAAGAACUGUGUCUUCUGUCAGCUCUGCUGAUGAUGACGAGGAUUUUUACAUCUGCCCCAUCACUGAUGACCCGGUCAGUCCCACGAAGGGCAUCUGUCACUACCUCAAAGACCUCGUCCACCAGAAGCAGCUCUCUAGUUCACUGCCCAAAAACUCGUUCAGUUACAAGAACAAAAACGAAACAGGCCAAGAGGUGCAUUCUGUCAGGUUUGGUUCUUUAACUGAGAGAGGUCGGGCUGCUUGGAAACAUGCUAUUGAGAAAGCCAAGGCUAUGCCAGAUCCCUGGGCCGAAUUUCAUCUAGAAGAGGUUGAGACGGAGCCUUGCAUUCGUUACAGGUACAAUGCUAUUACUGGUGAAUGGGUGCAGGACCAAGUCUUCAUCAAAAUGUCCGCUCAGCCCUUUGGAAAAGGUGCCAUGAGGGAGUGUUUCCGAACAAAAAAGUUGUCAAACUUCUCUCAUAGCAGCAAGUGGAAAACAGCAUCGAACUAUGUGGCUAAGCGGUACAUGGAGACCGUGGACAGGGAUGUUUAUUUCGAGGAUGUCAGAUUACAAAUGGAAGCUAAAUUAUGGGGUGAAGAGUAUAAUCGCCACAGGCCUCCAAAGCAGGUUGACAUCAUGCAGAUGUGUGUUGUGGAAAUGACCUCACGCCCAGGGAAACCGCUUUUCCACCUGGAGCACUACAUCGAAGGGCAAUACAUCAAGUACAACUCCAACUCUGGCUUUGUGAGAGACGAUAACAUCCGACUUACACCCCAGGCUUUCAGUCACUUUACAUUCGAGCGCUCGGGACACCAGCUGAUAGUUGUGGACAUUCAGGGUGUUGGAGAUCUCUACACAGACCCUCAGAUCCACACUGAGAAGGGCACAGACUUUGGUGAUGGAAAUCUGGGUGUACGCGGAAUGGCCCUGUUCUUCCACUCUCACCUGUGUAACAAGAUCUGUAAGAGUAUGGGCCUCACACCUUUUGACCUGGCUCCUGCAGAAAGCUGUCAGCUGGACUGCACCAACAAGCUGCUGGAGUCAGCCCAGACGGUUCUCCGUGGCUCUGAGGAGCAAUGUGGCUCCCCCAGGGUGCGGACGACGUCACUAAGCCGGGGACCCCCUCUGCUGUCCCGUCUCUCUGAGACUUCUUCUGCUGACGAGAACAUGAGCGAUGCGGACUCUAUUCCAUGCUCACCUCUGAGCCUGGGUGCCUUUGCAGGCCGAUCCCCAUUGGCAGGUUGGUCAAGCAUGCAAGAAAUGGAUGACUCGGACAGAAACAACUGGAAUCGAAAGGACUCGGAGAGUGGAGGAGACAGCGGUUACCCAAGUGAAAAACGCAGUGAAGGAGACCUAGGGGAGCACCAUGAGAGGGCUCGACCUUUCUACAACAGGCAUUACUCUGAAUCGGAUGAAGACAGUGUCCGUCGGCAUAAAGUGGUGGGUAACGCCAGCAAGCUCUCCGUUACUCUAACGCUCCCUGAAUCUCUGACGCUGACCGAAGAGAAAUGGAGCUUCUUCCAUUCAUCCCGUGCCCACGUUCACAGGCCGUCCUGUGUGGCUGUAGAGGUGGAGAGACUGAAUUCACAGUUUCUUGAACGGAAAAUUGGCAAAUCUAUUUUGGGCAAGGUACAUCUGGCCUUGGUCCGAUACCAUGAAGGAGGACGCUUCUGUGAAAAAGACAUGCCAUGGGACCAGAAUUCUGCUGUGUAUCAUCUGGAGAGGGCUUCUAUGUGUGGCGAGUUGGAGGCUAUCGUAGCUCUCGGUCAGUUAUAUAUGCAGCUGCCGCAUCACGUCCUUCCUGAGGUUGAACUGCAGGACAAUGAGGAGAACAGAAAGAAAGGCUUCCAUCUGUUAGUUCAGGCUGCCGAGGCUGGAGACAGACCCAGUAUGAUUUUAGUUGCCAGAGCAUUUGACACAGGAGUCAACCUCCCGCCUAACAGAACUCAGGACUGGGAGGAAGCGGUGCAUUGGUAUGAAAAUGCACUCAACAUGACAGAUUAUGAUGAGGGGGGAGAGUUUGAUGGCAUGCAAGAUGAACCACGCUACCUCCUUCUUGCUCGGUUAGCCGAGAUGUACCAAGAGGGAAGUUUCGGCCUUGCCGCAGAUCCUCAGAGAGCAGGUGAUCUCUUUACCGAGGCAGCUGAUGCCGCCAUGGAAGCCAUGAAGGGCAGGCUGGCUAAUCAGUACUACAUGAAAGCUGAGGAAGCUUGGUCUGCAAUGGAAGAGUAAAGGAACUGAUUUUAACUCCCUGGACUGUUAACUUCGUGCAUUUUUGCGUGGAAAAAAAAUGUUUACAUACUCUUUUACAGCAUCUUUCAGUGUGCUACACUGUUUGGUUUUAUAUGGAGUGUUUUAAAGCAUGCACACACACACACACAAAUGCCUUUGUGAAUAUCGGGGUUCUCUUUUAAGCUGGUCAAGUAGUUUCUAAUGCUGCAAAUAGAAGUAAAGUGGAAUAAGAUGAAACUGCUUUUAAAGGGAAUACGACUACAGGUGAGCAUCAGAACUGUUAGCAAUGGCAGUGACAUCAUCUCUUCAUGGUUUAAAGAUACCAUAGCUUUUGUAUGGUGAUGGUAAUAAUGAGAUGAUGUUGAAUCAGCACUAUGUUUAUAAAAAUCAGCAAAUUUGUCAUAUUUGAUGUGCAUGUUUGCAUGCACAACAAUUUAUUUGCUAAGCACAUGUCUAAAUCCAAUCGUCUACCUUGUACUGGCCUUUUUUUUUUUAAGCACACACAAAUUGUCCUAGGUGAUUAUGAUGAAUUUAUCUUAAAAGGAUUGUCAAAAAAUGCCCCUUGGAAAGCACUAGCAACAAUGGAUGGAGGUAAAGUGAGUGAUGUGACUGUCUUUGCUACAUUGUGAUGCUUACUUGUGGUCUGCCUUUCUCGGUUGUAAUACCUUAAUUGAUCAAAUUUGGUUUGGUUUCAUUUUGCUUGUUUUACUUACCUUUAUGCUGAAGAAUUUAUUUUACACGAAAAACUUGUAAAAUCAAAAUGCAAGUGUGAAAUACAAGUCAUGAACAAACGCUGUAUGUGAGUACUACAUGGAUGAACGUAAUGUAUGCGUAGUUGACUGUAAUAGUAGUGCUUGGUGAAGGUUACAGCUUGAAGCUUAAAGUAAAAAAAAAUGGUCAAAAUAGCAAUUAAAUGGCAUUGGGAAACAA